AACAAGUGUUUUGGUUGCAAGUAUUCGGUGGGUUCCUAGGCUGACGCCCCAGACCUGUGCAAUUCAGGUACUCUUCUCCUUCACUUUACUAACCAGGUGGAAUUCUCUAAAGGUGAGGUUUCUGCAGCGUCCUGGGUGCCUCAAAGGUGGCUUGGUAGCAGAGCCAAUGGAUAUGACCAGAGUUGCAGUUAUUGGUGCAGGUGUAGUUGGGCUCUCCACAGCUGUCUGCAUUUCUGAAUCCAUCCCACAAUGCUCCAUUGAUGUUAUUUCUGAUAAAUUUACACCUGACACCACUAGCGAUAUAGCAGCUGGAAUGCUUAUUCCUCAUGCUUAUCCAGGUACACCAAUUCCCCUGCAGAAGCAUUGGUUUCAAGAGACAUUUGACAGAUUGUUUGCAAUCACUAAUUCAUCAGAAGCUCUAGAUGCUGGCGUUUACCUGGUAUCUGGCUGGCUGAUAUAUAGAAACAUUUCACAGCAAGAGAGGCCCUUCUGGGCUGACACCGUGCUGGGGUUUCGGAAGAUGACUGAAUCAGAACUGAAGAAAUUUCCGCAGCAUGUGUUCGGCCAAGCCUUUACCACCAUGAAAUGUGAAGGCCUCUCCUAUUUGCCAUGGCUGGAGAAAAGCGAGACAGUUUUUGCAGUGGUGUCUGGGAAGGGCCUGUGUGGUGUGGCAGAACCUCCAGGUGUGCAGAGGUUAAGGGGCAGAGGAGGCCAGGUCCACACAAGAAAGGUUGAAGAUCUCUGGGAGCUUUAUGGCUCAUAUGAUAUUGUUGUCAAUUGCUCAGGCCUUGGAAGCAGAGAGUUAGUAGGUGACUUGCAACUUUUCCCUGUGAGGGGCCAAGUACUUAAAGUUCAAGCUCCCUGGCUGAAGCAUUUUAUCCGAGAUGGGGAUGGACUGACUUAUAUUUACCCAGGAGCCUUCGAUGUAACACUAGGUGGAACAAGACAAAAAGAUGACUGGAAUCUAUCCCCUGACCCACAAAACAGUAGAGAGAUUCUUGCCAGGUGUCGGGCUCUUGAGCCAUCUCUUCAAGGAGCUUGGGAUAUCAAAGAGAAAGUGGGCUUGCGGCCAUCACGGCCAGGAAUUCGACUGCAGAAGGAGAUGCUGGUACGGGAUGGACAUCGACUACCUGUGGUACACAACUAUGGUCAUGGUGCUGGUGGCUUGUCAGUGCACUGGGGCACUGCUCUCCAGGCUGUUCAGCUGGUCAAGGAGUUAAUCACCACCUUGAAAAUCUCCACUUCUAAGGCAAAGCUGUAGAUGAUAUUAAACUGCAUGUAGCACAGUGUGAUUGAUCACCAGCAAUAGGCAUUACUCAAACCUUAAGAUGGCAUAGUGUAUGGAGCGUGAAAGUUGAAAUUCAAAAGACCUGAGUUUGAAUCCUGUCUCAGGUACUUACAUAGCUAUGUGAUGUUGGACAAGUCACUCAACCCCUUCAGGCCUCUGUUUCCUCAUCUGUAAAAUGAGGAUGAUGAUAGCACCACCUCACAAGGUUAUUGUGAGGAUCAAAUGACAUAACAUAUGUAAAGUGCUCUAUAUAAAUGUUAGCUAUAAUAAUAACAACAAUAAAAACAACCAAUUGGGAGGCAUAUGCUCACUAAAUGUUUUCAGUACCAUCAUGAUAGAUGGAUUACACAGAAAACAAAUUGAAGAGGGAUUCCCUGUAGACAGUGAAGUCAUAUAGAUACUCUUGCAUGUAUAUUAUGUAAGGUCAAUCUGCAUUGAGUCUCAAAAUACUAUAGAAUCUCCUCAGUGCAAUCCAUAGUCAAUUAAGUGUUCAGACUUCACAAUCUACAUAGGAAAAACCAAGUGGAUGAAUAUUUAAUGUUUUCAUCAUAAAAAAAGCCUAUUGAUUUAAUUAAUACAUUUAUUUAGGCCUGAUAUUGCAAAAUGAAUAAUGAGUUGGGCUCAUAAUUGAAUGAGAGAAUGGUCUGAAUUGUGUUUAGGAAAUUCUAAUUCUCUUAACAAUUUCAAGCUGCUCUGUGAUACACAUAACGUCCAUCUUUUUUAGCAAGAAUAUUCUCUUGGUUGUACUAUAUCAUUGUGGAUGAGAGCAAUUAUUAUGAAUAACUAGUGAUUUGGGGGGAUUCAGAGUUCCCCCUUUUUCUGUUUUAAAGACCUUAGUCUCAGAAGAUUGAGUUAACCUCCUAUAUUCAACCUCACCCAACCUUACAAGGAAUCUCUAGUCUAAGAUGAAUUCCAUUCAAUCAAGAUUGGGUAGAGACAGACCCUUUUGUCUAAAUUGCCCACAACUCAGGGUGGUCUGAAUAUAGAAAUGAUAUCACUCAGCUCCUCAUUGUAAUAGUCAUUCUCUCAUUAAUUAUUAACCAAUCAGGGUUGAUUUCUACCCUGGGGAUCUCUUCAAAGGGAUUACAAACUCUGAGCUCCACCAUCAUGAUUGACUUUGGUCUAAGAGAAACAUCCAAAUGAUCAUCUUUUUUAUUAAUAAACAUGCUAGCCUUAUUAAUAAAAUUAUUAAAUUACUCAGAAAUCAUGUCUCUUGAACCUUUUUAAUUACCACAUGGAAUACUCUAAUCCCUGAAGAGUCAAAUCUACAAGUAGAGAUGUAUGAGGGAGAUAUAAAUUGGUUGCAACAUAUCAAGAACAGUGAUUUGCAUACAAGAAAGGGUACAAAGAAUAUCAUCAUGGAAAUGGAUGGUUAGAAAAGGAGGUAAUCGGGUUGUAUAGUGAAAGGAAAGGAUAAUGGAUGGCCCAAUUGUCCAAUACCCACAGAAUAUUCAAGAACUUAGAGAAAGGCAUCUAGCAUUUUGGGUAGAUCCUCUCUGGAGGAUUUAUGCAGAAGAUGAAAAGGAGUGAUGGAAGGAGUGAUGGAAGUUGAGAGUGUAUGCUUAUUGAUGACUUCAGAGAUCCAUUGAAAUAGCAUAGAUCUAAAGUCAGAAGGGAUAUUAGAGGCCAUAUAGCCCAACUCCAUAUUUUACAGAAGGGGAAACAGAGGCUCAGAGAAGUGAAGUGAUUUGCCCAAGGUCACUCAAGUAGAAAUUGGCAGAGCCAGGAUUUGAAGUCAGGUAUAAGGACUACACAGGUCCUCUUUACCAUGCAGCUCAAGUUUAUCAAAUUCUGCCUCAGACACUUAUUAGCUAUAUGAUUCUGGACAGGUCACUUAACCUUUUGAGCCUCAGUUUCCUCAUUUGUAAAAUAGGGAUAAU